AUGACCCAGAGCUGUGGCUCCUGCGGGGGCUGCAAGGGAGGCUGUGGCUCCUGUGAGGGCUGCAAGGGGGGCUGUGGCUCCUGCGGGGGCUGCAAGGGAGGCUGUGGCUCCUGCGGGAGCUGCAAGGGGGGCUGUGGCUCCUGUGGGGGCUGCAAGUCCAGCUGUUGCAAGCCCUGCUGCUGCCAGUCCAGUUGUUGCAAACCCUGCUGCUGUGAGUCCAGCUGUUGCAAACCCUGCUGCUGUGAGUUCAGCUGUUGCAAACCCUGCUGCUGUCAGUCCAGCUGUUGCAAGCCCUGCUGCUGUGAAUCCUGCUGUUGCAAACCCUGCUGCUGUGAAUCCUGCUGUUGCAAACCCUGCUCCUGCCAGUCCAGCUGUUGCAAGCCCUGCUGCUGUGAGUCCUGCUGUUGCAAACCCUGCUCCUGCCAGUCCAGCUGUUGCAAGCCCUGCUGCUGUCAGUCCAGCUGUUGCAAGCCCUGCUGCUGCCAGUCCAGCUGUUGCAGGCCCUGCUGCUGCCAGUCCAGCUGUUGCAAGCCCUGCUGCUGCCAGUCCAGCUGUUGCAAGCCCUGCUGCUGCCAGUCCAGCUGUUGCAAGCCCUGCUGCUGUGAGUCCUGCUGUUGCUAACCCUGCUGCUGCCAGUCCAGCUGUUGCAAACCCUGCUGCUGCCAGUCCAGCUGUUGCUAA